UUCCGGGCAGGAUUUCAGUCAGUUCUGUGUAAAAUGGAUGUGAUGGGUUGGUGAUUAUGUUAGCUCUCACACGUGUUUUGCGUAUUUUGUAAGAGAGCUCAUUUGCAUCGGCGUUCGAACUGGAGCGCGGUUAGCGUUCUGCUCGGGUGUCGGGUUGCUCGUUUCUGAGUGUGAACAGGUCGAGGCGCGCUUGCUGAAAACACCCGCAGUAGCUCUGGUGUUAGCGAGCGGUCAGCUAGCCGGCUAAAAGCACCGGGAAUAGCCGAGUAGCGCGCUGCUACAUAGCCAGGCUUCACUGCUUUCAGUUAGAAGGCGGCAGGGCGCAGAGUGAGAUGUGCGAGAGAUCCUUUGUGCACGGAAACACGGCACGUAUCUGAGACUUUAGAACACGCUCUGGUCGCGAUUUAUUCGUGUUGCUUGCUGUUUUUUUCUUUUGAAGCAUUAACCUGAUUGGACAGCAUGGGGACGUACCUGUCUAAGCCAAACACGGAGAAAACCACAGCCGAUGGGGGAAACCAGAAGCUGAGCUAUGGACUCGCGGCCAUGCAGGGAUGGCGCGUUUCAAUGGAGGACGCUCACAACUGCAUCCCGGAGCUGGAUGAGGAGACGGCAAUGUUCGCGGUUUAUGAUGGGCAUGGAGGUGAAGAAGUUGCUUUGUACUGCUCCAAAUAUUUACCAAACAUCAUAAAAGAGCAGACAGCAUAUAAAGACGGUAAACUGCAAAAGGCUCUGGAAGAUGCCUUCCUGGCUAUUGACAGUGUCAUCACCUCAGAGGAGGUUAUCAAGGAGCUUGUGCAGAUAGCUGGCCGCCCACAGGAGGAGGCAGCACCAGAAAAAGUGGCAGAUGAAGAUGAUGUGGAUAAUGAGGAAGCAGCCCUUCUGCAUGAAGAGGCCACGAUGACAAUCGAGGAGCUGCUUGGUCGCUAUGGGCAGAACCUGAAUAAAUCGACCAAAAAGCCUGCGCAGGAUGCCCCAAAAGAGCUGAAAGACAGAGGUGAUGCCCUUGUAGAUAAAGGGAUCAAUGGUGAGACAGAAUGUGGGGCAUCUGAAACAGACAGCAAUGGGAAAGCAAAGGUGGAAGAGCCAGCUGGGGGCUCCAAAAUCAGGGCAUGCAGGAGAGCGGCAGCCUCCUGUGGGGGGAGCUCUGCUGAAGGACAGUCCUCUGAUGGGGAGAAAGCAGGAGGAACAGCGGACGCUGGUCCUUCCUGUUCCUCCUCUGCAGCACCUACAUCAGGAAGUGCCAAAUCCAAGUUCUUUGAGGACAGUGACGAGUCAGAUGAAGGGGAGGAUGAAGAGGAGGGCAGUGAUGAAGAGGACUGCAGUGAGCAGGACGGUGAGGACAGCAGUGAAAAUGAAGAGGAUGACACAGAAGAGGAUGAAGAAGAGGAGGAGGAAGAGGAGACCGAUGAAGAAGGAGAAGAAGAUAUGUGUUUGCCACUGAUGGAUGGGAAAGAAGAACCUGGCUCAGACAGCGGGACUACAGCUGUAGUUGCUCUGAUUCGUGGUAAACAGCUUAUAGUAGCUAAUGCUGGAGACUCUCGCUGUGUCAUCUCUGAGAGAGGCAAAGCAGUGGACAUGUCCUAUGAUCACAAACCAGAGGAUGAAGUGGAGCUGGCCAGAAUAAAGAACGCAGGAGGCAAAGUGACCACGGAAGGCCGUGUCAACGGAGGGCUAAACCUCUCCAGGGCCAUUGGGGACCAUUUUUACAAGAGGAAUAAGAACCUUCCUCCCGAGGAGCAGAUGAUUUCCGCUUUGCCAGAUGUCAAAGUACUGACUCUCAAUGAAGAGCAUGAAUUCAUGGUGGUUGCUUGUGACGGAAUCUGGAAUGUAAUGAGUAGCCAGGAGGUUGUGGAUUUUGUAAGUGAGAGAUUGAAAGCAGAAGGAAGUAAAACCAAGCCGCUUUCUGCUGUUAUUGAAGAGCUGCUUGACCACUGCUUGGCACCAGACACAUCUGGGGAUGGCACAGGCUGUGACAACAUGACUUGUAUGAUUAUAACAUUCAACCCCCAAAACGCUACCAACGUGGAUGAGAACAACAAAAAACGCAAGCUGGAGGAGCGGGUGUCUGAGGAGAAUGGCAACGACAGCAAGAAAUCUAAAACGGAGUAGAGCUCCCAUCAGUGGUCGCAAUACACUAUUAAGGCUCUUCUGAUGAUGUUAAAUCAGACACUGCUCACAACAUGACCCUACAAGACUUUUUUUAUGGAUGAUUCCCCAAGAAAAUGUUUUAGUUUAAAAAUUCGAAGGUGCAAGAAAAUUAAACUGUCCACCCACCCAAACUUGUCAAUUUUUUUUGUAAAGAAUUUGAGGCCCUGUUACACCAUAUCCACAUGUAUGACAUGGACAGCAUUUACAAUUUGUUAGCUUAUGUGUGCAUACUCUUGUACAUAAUUUUUCCAGGAACUUUUUUUUUAUUAUUAUUUCAUUGUGAGUAUCUGAGACAUGCUGAACACCCAUCUAAUUGUAUUGAGACACAUUUUGUAAAUUAUGUGGUUAAUACAAUUGUUUUAAUUUUGGAGGUAAAAACAAGCAGAUUUGCAAAUGCCAUUUUACUUUUCUGAUAAGAAGGGACAACAAAUUUGAAACAUUAUCAUUCCUUUGUUUUGGUAUGUCUCAACAAAUCAUGACUGUGUUUUAUCUGUCCUCUUGAGGCUCAAAGUGUAAUGAGUAUUUUUUAGUUGUUGAGUGGAAGUGCAAACUACAUGCCAUGAACUUGAUGUCUGCAGAGGUGCAGCUGUAAGAGGGGAGCCCUGAGUAAGAACCCGUCAUCUGUAAGUCAUUAAUCUCCCUCAUGCAGCUAAAUAGGGUUUCUAUACAAGGUAUUUUGGAAAAUAUAUUUUGGUACUUUUUAGCAUCUUUGGGAGUUCUCUGAGACAACAAUAAGAAUAUUGCUUAAGAUGACAUUUUCCUGAAACAAUAAACAAGUGGAGACAAA